AUGCAUUUCCCUCUCUUUUUCAGACCCGUUGUUGUGCCUGUUAGAAAAAGAAGCUGUUUAGAGCCAUGGGUUAUUGGCUUAAUCACCUUUAUAUCCCUGAUUGUUCUGGCAGUGUGCAUUGGACUCAUCGUUCAUUACGUGAGAUAUAAUACCCUGAAGCCCUACAAUUAUUAUAGCACUUUAACAUUCACCAGUGACAAAUACUACCAUGAAUUUGGUAAAGAAGCUACAACAAACUUCACAGAAAUGAGUCAGAGGAUAGAAUCAAUCGUUAAAGCUGUAUUUUAUGAUUCCAGUUUAAGGAAACAAUUCAUCAAGUCCCAGGUCAUCAAAUUCAGUCCCCAGGAACCUGAUGUGGUGGCCCAUAUGCUGAUGAUUUUUCGAUUCCCCUCUACACAGACACCUGAAUCCAUAAAAAAAACAAUUCAACGUGUGCUGCAUGAGAAACUCCAAUAUGUUACCGGGCCCCCCCAAGUAGAUCCUUCGUCAGUUGUGAUCACAAAUAUCAACAAGACAGAAACGGACCACUAUUUGAAUAGCUGUUGUGGGACGCGGAGGGAAAUGAGCUCUGGCACAAGUUUCAGGGUAGUCGGGGGAGAAGAAGUAGAGCAGGAAGGCGAAUGGCCCUGGCAGGCCAGUCUGCGUUGGAAUGGGGAUCAUCGUUGUGGGGCGACCUUAAUCAAUGCCACCUGGCUUGUCAGUGCUGCUCACUGCUUCAGAAAUUAUAAGGACCCAGCCAGAUGGACUGCUUCUUUUGGUGUGACACUAAAUCCCCCCAAAGAGAGGCGAGGCAUCAGGAGGAUUAUUGUUCAUGAAAACUACAAGUAUCCAUCCCAUGAAUAUGACAUUGCGGUUCUGCAGCUCGAUAGCCCUGUACCUUACACAAAUGCUGUGCAUCGAGUGUGUCUCCCAGAUGCUUCUUAUAAGGUCAAGGCGGGUGAUGUGGCUUAUGUCACAGGAUUUGGAGCAAUGAGAAAUGAUGGUACCAGUGUAAAUCAUCUUCGGCAAGUAGAAGUGCCAAUUAUAGACACUAAAAUAUGCAAUGAGCCACAAAUUUACAACAAUGAUAUUACUGCUGGAAUGGUAUGUGCCGGCUAUUUGAGAGGAGGAAGAGAUGCCUGCCAGGGUGACUCUGGUGGACCUCUGGUCAGUCCAAAUUCUAGAGAAAUCUGGUAUCUUAUUGGAAUAGUGAGCUGGGGUGAUGAAUGUGCACAACGGAAUAAGCCAGGUGUCUAUACUCUAGUGCCUUUCUUUCGGGACUGGAUUGCAUCCAAAACUGGUGUCUAA